GUGGAGUUAUCCAGGGACUACUGCCAUUCCCCAAGGUCAGCCUGACACACCUGAUCACCUCUUCUCUCCAUGCUACCAAAUGUGAGACACUUAAAUUAAUAGAUCAGCUUCUAUCUGGUAAUAAAAUAUCACAUAUAUCCAUUUACAUGACAUGUGAACCUGACUGACGGAAUCCUAUCACAUGUGUCCCAGCAGUUUGUAGUACAGUUAGUCAGAGGAAAAUUGAAAGUGAAGAAAAAGGAACAUUUCCAGGCUGAGGAGGAAAUGGGUAAGAUGUUGAGCAAGAAAAAAGGCCUAAUAUUUCUUCCCCCGCCCCAGACAUAUGCACAUAAAUAAAGAGCGAUUUCCCCUGCUCACUGGCUGUCACUUGCCUGCUGCAUCUCUCUUGGGACCUCGAGCCAUCCCUCCAAGAUGUGGGCAAAGACAAUUACGGGAAAUUUUGCUAAUGUCAUUUAUGGUUUGAAUGCAAACCACUUGACAGACCAAGUCAUUCAGAGAAGUAAGCGAAUGAUUCUGGAUACUCUUGGAGUGGGGCUUCUGGGUACCAGCACUGAGGUCUGCCACAAAGUGACACAGUACAGCAAGAUCUACAGCUCAGAUAUAUCCAGUACCAUCUGGGGCCACUUGGAUUUCCGACUGCCUCCUCUGUAUGCAGCCUUUGUGAAUGGAGUGGCUGUACACUCAAUGGAUUUUGAUGACACGUGGCACCCAGCCACACACCCAUCUGGGGCUGUGCUCCCUGCCGUGAUUGCACUCGCCGAGGCCUUCCCUCCGAAGAAAAAAAUCUCAGGUCUUGAUCUGCUCUUAGCUUUCAACGUGGGAAUCGAAGUGCAAGGCAGGCUGCUGCACUUCUCCAAUGAAGCCAGGAAUAUUCCAAAAAGGUUCCACCCACCGACUGUGGUUGGUACAAUGGGGAGUGCAGCAGCUUGUGCCAAAUUGCUAGCUCUUGACCAGCUGAAAUGUAAAAACGCCUUGGCUAUUGCUGCCUCCUAUGCAGGUGCCCCACUGGCUAAUGCAGCAACCCAAACGAAGCCCCUCCAUGUUGGCAAUGCUGCCAAGCAUGGACUGGAAGCAGCUUGCUUGGCAUCACAGGGCCUUCAAGGAAACAAACAGAUCUUGGACAUGGAGUCAGGGAUAGGGGCCUUUUAUACAGAUUACAACCCACAGACUCUGCCAACCUUGCAGUCCUAUCCCUGGCUGUUGGGCCAGCAAGAUGUGGCCAUCAAACGCUUUCCUGCUCAUCUUGGAACGCACUGGGUGGCUGAUGCAGCAUCUUCUGUUAGGAGGAAGCUUGUGGAGAGCAGUGACAACUUGCUCCCCCUUGAUAAAAUAGAGAAAGUCACUCUCAAAGUCCCAGAAGUCAAAUAUGUGAACAGACCCAGCCCUACUUCAGAGCAUGAAGCUCGACACUCCUUCCAGUUUGUUGCAUGCUCUGCUUUGCUAGAUGGCACCAUGUCGGUCCAGUCCUUCACCAGUGAGAACAUUCACCGGCCAGCCUUGCAGGAGCUCCUCUGCAAAACACAGCUGGAGCACCCUUCUGAUAACACACCUAGCUUUGAGAGUCUUUACUGCGAAGUGAGUGUCACGCUUCGGGACAACACCAAGAUCAGUGACCGCUGCAAUACAUUCUACGGACACUGGAGGAAACCUCUGAAAAAGGAGGACUUGGAGAAAAAGUUUCAAUCCAAUGCCUCCACUGUCCUGCCUGCAGAAGCCACAGAAGGCAUUAUAGAGACUGUGUACAAUCUGGAGAAAGUAGAGGACUGUUCUGUAUUAAGUAGAUUUUUAUCAGGACAGUCAGCUAGAGAGCCUUCGCAGAAGCUGUGCUUCCUUUGAAUGUUCCGACAGCUGGAUGCUGUUCACAAAGCAGACACCAAACUCAGGACAAACUCUUACUUAGCGACUCAAGCACUUUUAAUUGGACUACUGUAACACAAGAGCCAUGUUCAGUCCAGUAUUGUGGGUUUUGACUAAGUAAAUACCUUAGCAAUUAUGUGCACAGCACAGGCUGAACAGAAGAUCCAUACUGGCACAGACGACUUGGAUUAUCUUUAUACCUCUAGAAACAGAGCACUGCUUCCACACAACACAAAAAUUUCCCUGCUCUUCUGCCAAAAAUAUCUGUAUGUCCUGCUUCCACUAAUUAACUCCACAAAGAAAAUCCAAAUUCUGGAGGAGUAUGGAAAUGCUGUCUCCAUCACUGUGAGAAGGCCAGCAAAUAUAAGUUUUUAUAUAUUUACCUCUGUAGAUUUAGCUCUGAAGCCUCCUUGAAGAUGACACCCGCUACGUCUGAGCUUUGAAGUUUGUGCUAAAAUAAAUGCGUGCUAAAAUAAAUGUGCCACACAGA